UCAAACCCUGACCAGGGACGCUCACGUUUCAAAUGCAUUGAUGUAUCAAGUUAGUGAUGUAGCCAGACAUGACGUAAAAUAUAUAUUAAGAUAGACACUAAUAACAUUCUUUAAUGAUAUUGAAACCAUGCCUGUCGACGUAUCUUAUCAUUAUUUGUUAAUCCCAUAGGGGAUUUAUUAAAUUAAUAUAUUCUCUAUUAAACACUAAAUAUAAGUAACAGCUUUUUACUAUAGAACGCUUACUUAAUUAUAUCUUUGGUAGUGAAUGUUCAGAUUCAAAAUAACUUGCUCCUGACAGUAGAGCAAGGAUUACUUCCCAGAGGAAACAUCCUCCAAAUGGUGACUUUAUAUUUACUACAUUAUAAUCUUACAAUGACCAGAACCUGAUAUUUUUAGGUAAUGCUCAAUAGUUAUUCCAAAUCCUUUGGGUGAAGAUUGUAGCCCCCCACCGCAGUAUGUCUGCGGAGGUCUUACGCCACCAGGCACUGUCUCGCUGAACGAGAGGUCAUACUCACGUCCCUUUCUCACACAAUUGGAGGUCUUACGCCCGCCCCUGUAUUGUCUUACGCCCGCCCCUGUCUCUCAGAACGUAGGAGGAGAAUCGUUUGACGUGGCAAACGGUACGGACGCAGUCACACAUAUCAUCCUUCGUCUCUCCAUCAUUGCCUAACCUUCCAGGAAAGGACCUAGAAUCUCCGAUUCUUUCAGGCCCCAGUCCGUAAAGAAGGGAGAUGAUCUGGCUGCUUGUCUUCUCCAGUUUCCUCCAUUGCGCGUCGACCUACGAGAUCGACGUGAAGAAACUGGAUGGUCUGGCGAAGGCGAAGGUGGAGUCCUGCGGAGGAUGACAGCUGAACCGGCUGAGAGAGGUCAAGGCCUUUGUGACCCAGGAUAUUCCUCUUUACCAUAACCUGGUGAUGAAGCACAUUCCUGGAGCCGACCCUGAGCUCGUCCUCCUCAACCACUACUACGAAGAGCUGGACCGCAUCGCCCUGUCGGACAUGAGCCGUGCGGAGAUCAACGAUCUGCUGGUACGGCUCGGCUUCUACAUGAAGAGCCAGGCCGAGGAGGAGGUCCCAGAGGAGUUCCGCCUCCUCCCCGCCAAGGACAGCCCCUUCAAGGACCCCCCCGGGACCCCCCAGCCCAGCGGGGAGGCUCCCACAGGGACCCCCCAGCCCAGCGAGGAGGCCGCCCCCGGGUCCCCGUCCCAAGCCCAGCGGUCUGAGCUGUAACUCAGAGUCACGGGGAUCUCUUCAGAACAUAAAGGCCCCUCAUUAGGUAGUAACGUCUGGUCAAUUAAGUAUCUUUAAAACUUUUUUACACAAGCACAGUAACACAAUAAGCAACGAGCUCCACCUUAACCACUUGACUCAACACUGAUGCUAAAAAAGAUGCUAAGGCGUAGAACAGUCGAUAAUCUGACCUGCUGACUCUCUUGAGUGUCUGUUGACUUCCUGUCUGCUGUGAAACUGAAUGAAGUCCCAGGCUGUAAGUCGUCUGAUUGGCCUGGGACUGAUGAUGCAUGAUUUUACAGGGGGCGGGACUACACACAUACAAGACGAGUGGAGUGGAGAUUAAUGAUUGAUGUUGUACAAUAAAAACAAAACAAAAACUGA